GCGAUACCUGGUAUCAUGAAAGGCCAGUCAACAGAAUCUGACACAACAUGUUGAAAUAGUGCUUGACUUCCCAUGGGAAAUGUGUUGGAGUUGCCUCUCGAGGGCUGUCCGCGACAUGCAUUGAAGGACUGCAGCUCCUCCGAUAGAACCUCCGACACUGUGACAGUGGAUCUUUCCCGCCUGCUGGAGGGCAAGGAGACUGUGGAGAGCCAAAAGGUCUUGGAGCCAUGUGCUCGGAGCCCUAUGUUGAGGGCCAUUUGUGUGUCGGCCGCGCAUGGAGAUUCGGAAUCCACCACGAUCAGUGUCACACCUCGAGAGGUGGAGGUGCCUGAAGCGCCUGUACCUGACGAGCGGAUGGCACGUGAUGCAGAGGCCACAUCUCCUGUAAAAAGCGUGGAGGAAGUGGAGAUUCAAAGCCCAGACCAGGACGUCCUGCGUGUCAUCGCUGCCAUGAGCGCAAGCAAUGGAGAAGAAGUGCAGGCCGUGCUGGCACCGGCUGAGCUGGCCCUGCCAGUGGUGUCACCAGCAGCGCCUUUGCUCGAAGAGCAAGAUUUGGAGGCCGAAGAGAAAGGCCGAUGUUCCUCCAGAUCCACCGAGGAUGAGCCAGAGUGCGAAGCGUGCGAGGCGGUGAGCUCCCGGGCACCGUCUCCAGAGGCUGUGCCUUCACCAGGCAUCCUCCUCACCGGGCCCACACUGGUGGGCUUGCAUUCAUCAGGUCGGGACGGUCCGAGAGUGUCACUGCGACCUGCCUUUGAUGAGGGUCGUUUGCGUCGUGCCUCUCAACUCUUUGCAAGCAUGCUACGAGGUGAACCACUCCCUCGGCGCUCUGAGCCCCGCCGGCGGUCAGAGCCUCCCCGACAGGAGUUCCGCCUCUUCCGGGGCUUGCCUCGGCUAACCCCAAACACCCAAGGGCCUCGGCGUGCAGCCUCUGCAGAUGCUCGAGAGGUGCUCUCCCGUCCACUCAGACCACUCAACGGUCAAAUGCCUUGGUUCCCAUCAGCCUUGCCGAUGCGAAGGCUCCCCAGACCUGGGUCACUGACACGCAUGCCAGCACUUCCCUGGGCCAGGAAACUUGAGUUGGAUGAGAAGGAAGCUGACAACUCUUAGACUUCAGGAAGCUUGCAGGAUUGUCGC